AUGCCGCCAUAUUUAUUAUUAUCAUUAUUCUUAACUCGUAUCCUAGUUAAUGCUGCAGAUACCCCUGCAGUGGAAGAUUACGAUGUCCUAGAAUACGUCAAUCCCUUGAUUGGUAGUGCCAAUGGAGGAAAUGUGUUUCCAGGUGCCUCGCUGCCAUAUGGCAUGGCAAAAGCCGUCGCCGAUACAGAUUCAGAAAGCAACCAGGGAGGUUUCGCCUUCGAGGGCGGCAGCGUCACCGGAUUCUCUAGCAUGCACGACUCCGGCACUGGAGGCAGUCCUUCAUUAGGCAAUUUUCCUCUCUUUCCCUAUGCAAAAUGUGCCGGUGACGAUGUGAAUGGCUGCGUCUAUCCAAAAAACCAACGAAAGACGAAGUAUAAACCCGACUCGGUCCAAGCGCACCCGGGGUAUUUUGCUAUAGAGCUAGCAUCGGGGGUCCGGGUUGAUAUGACAACUGCGCACCAUACGUCCCUAUUUCGUUUCCAAUUCCCAAAUGAUAAAAGCACCAGCCCGCUGAUCUUGCUGGAUCUUACCGAUCUGUCGAACUCGCGUCAGGAUAACGCGACCAUCUCGGUGGAUAAAAAAACAGGCCGUAUGACCGGUGAUGCGCGGUUUUCUCCUAGCUUUGGAUCGGGAUCGUAUGUCUUGCAUUUCUGUGCCGACUUCAAAAGUUCUGCAGCCCAGCGAGAUAGCGGUAUCUUCGUCAACUCUCGUGCGAGUGCUGGGGUCCACGAUCUGAAGAUCUCGCGUAGUAUCAAUGGGUACCCGCUUCCAGGUGGUGGAUUUGUCCGUUUCCAGUCUGCUCCGGACAAUACGGUCCUCGGUCGAGUUGGUAUCAGCUUCAUGAGCAUAGAGCAAGCCUGCGCUCAUGCCGAAUCUGAGAUUCCAACAUUCGACUUCAACGCAACUCGCCAGAUAGCAGUUGACAAAUGGACCGAAAAGAUGCGCCCGAUCCGUGUCUCACGAACAAACAUCGAUGCAUCCGUUCUGUCCAAUUUCUACAGCGGAAUCUACAGAACCAUGAUCAACCCUCAGAACUACACGGGCGAGAACCCGCUCUGGCAGAGCAGUGAGCCCUAUUUUGAUUCGUUCUAUUGUCUUUGGGAUUCUUUCCGCUCCCAGAUUCCAUUUCUCACUAUCUUCGAUCCUUUCUUAGUAAUGCAGAUGGUGCGCUCACUCAUCGAUACCCAGCGCCAUCUUGGCUGGCUACCAGACUGCCGCAUGUCACUGUGCAAAGGAUACACACAAGGCGGUUCUAACGCCGACAACGUCCUGGCAGAUGUCUACCUGAAAGGUCUCAGAGGCUGCAUUGAUUGGGAUGCCGGGUAUGCAGCUGUGAAAAAGGACGCCGAGGAAGAGCCAUACGACUGGUCCAGCGAAGGCCGUGGCGGUCUACGCAGCUGGAAGGAUCUGCAUUAUAUACCCGUAGAAGACUUCGACUACGAGGGAUUUGGCACAAUGACGCGCAGCAUCUCGCGCACACUAGAGUACUCAUACAAUGACUUCGCGAUAUCCCAAAUGGCUCGCGCCAUGAACAAGACAGUCGAUGCAAACCGGUACGAGAAAAGAUCGCGAUACUGGCAAAACCUAUUCAAGAAGGACCAAGUCUCUCUCUGGAAAGGAAAGAACACUGGCUUUACCGGUUUCUUCCAGCCAAAGCAUCUGAAUGGGACAUGGGGCGUCCAGGAUCCCCUCGCAUGCUCCAACAUAGACCACAGUGGAAGCGCCUGCUCGCUGCAAAACACCGCCGGCGAAACCUUCGAGUCCAGCAUCUGGGAGUAUCAAUUCUUCGUCCCCCACGAUAUGCAAACCCUAAUAACCCUCCUCGGCGGACCCGCCAACUUCGUCACCCGCCUCGACUACCUCCACGACCAAAACAUAACCUACAUCGGCAACGAGCCCGCCUUCCUAACAGUCUUCCAAUACCACUACGCCGGGCGUCCGGCAAAAUCCACUUCCCGCGUGCGUACCUAUAUCCCAGACUAUUUCUCUCCCACUCCAGCCGGCCUACCGGGUAACGACGAUUCCGGCGCAAUGGGCUCAUUCGUCGCCAUGGCGAUGAUGGGCUUAUUCCCGAACCCAGGCCAGGACGUGUACCUAAUAACAGUACCGUUCUUCGAGUCUAUUAGCAUUGUUUCCCCACUGACGGGGAAAACGGCAACGCUGAGAACGGUUAACUGGGCUGAGUUUAACACGCCUAAUGCUACUGGCGAUGCUGCUGGUGGGCAUGGGUUUAUUCAGUCUGCUACGCUGGAUGGGAAGCCUUAUACGAGGAAUUGGAUUGGACAUGACUUCUUCACUGAGGGGAGGGAGUUGGUUCUUGUUCUUGGGAAGGAGGAGGGUGGCUGGGGCACUAGACUGGAGGAUACGCCGCCUUCUUUGGAGCCGGAGUCUAGGGUUCGUUUUGGUGAUGGGGCUGUGGGUAUAUGGGGUUCGUGGUGGUGA